CAACGUCCGGACGUGUAACAACAUUAUAUCCAGUGAAUUCAGUGAAACAUGGAUUAAAACAAAGACAUGACUGGUUUAUAAAUAAUGUCCGAAGCUGUUUUAGAGGAAGUUUCAGCUUUAUCGUCCAUUUACUGCGCAGAGGGAGAGUUCCUGCUGCUGCAGCAGUCUGCUCCGGAUGGCCUCGUGGUCCAGAUCAACAGCACUGUUGGAGGAGAGAGAAGGCUGGAUGUGAGUCUGGUGUUCCAUUUGCACCCACAUUACCCUUCCUGUCCCCCCGACGUCUCCGUCUCUUCCACCGCUCUGUCCAGAAGUCAGUGUCACAAUAUCAAGCAGAAGCUCCUGGAUAAAGCUGCGGCCUUACCGCCAGAACCGAUGCUUCAUCAGCUGGUGGAGUGGGCACAGGAUGUGGAGGUGAUGGACGACUGCAGAGGAGGUGAGGAUGAGGUCAAAGAGAGCAAUAAAGAGGAGGAGUGGACUGCAGUGCUGUCGUUAGACCACAUCCGAUCUCGAAAUCGUUACGUCGCUCUGCUGGAGCGCUGGAGCCAGCAGCUGCAACUGACUGGGAGGUUAUUACUGGGAUGGAGUAUACUGGUCAUCCUGCAGGGAGCCAGAGCCAGCAUCAAGGAGUUCUGUCGUCUUUUGAAGACGGUGAAGGUGGACGUUGAUUCUUCAGGCAAGAAAUGCAAAGAGAGGAUGAUGAAGGUUCUCAUUGAAACCCCCUCGCCUUCCUCCUGUGAGCACAGUCUGCAGGGUUUUAUAGUGAAGAGCUACCAGUCGUUACCAGAGCUCACCGCUGCCUUCCAGGAAUUCAACAUGACAGAGCUUUACCAGCAGAUACAGCCGUCGUUAAGUGACUGACGGCACACGUUACCAUGGUGACGGAACUUAAACUGAGACAUCGUUGAGGAAUAUCCAGACUCUCAAAACCAAAAGUGCGAUUGUGAUUUAAAGAGGAGAGCAUGAGCACUGCUGCAGUAUCGACUCAACAACACACAGAGGAAAUCUGAUCUCUGAAAACUGAAGAAUUGAUUUCAUAACAGACAGCAUCAGUGUUGCCCUAGUGCAUGCUGGGAGGAAAAUGAAAUAAGAGCACAUUGUUAUUCACAAUAACUCAUUAAAAUAAUCCUUUUAACUCUCAUCCAGCUAAUUUGGAUCUUUGAAGGCAGUGUUGUCAGUCCUGGAUGAAGUUAUCUUGAAUAAUAAAGGCAAAAUGAGUGGAAAGUUGAAACCAUGAUUGGGUUAGUGAUGAUGAUCCAGUUACAUGAGUUGGGUGUGCUGGGAACCCUAAUUUUAUGUGUGUUCCUGCAUUGUUAAUGCUGUUCUUUUAUUGUAUAUGAGGUUCUACAAUGUUUCUGCUGUUUCCACAUCUAUCUAUCGCUCUUUGAUUUUAUUGGUACCAAAUUUGUGUGGAAGGAGCCAUGUUGUUUUCCAAUUAAUAUAAGAGAAAAAGGAGGUCCAUACAAAUUUUCCUCUAGGCGUGAUUUUUCUUUUCCUGUAAAAAUUAUUCCUAAUAUGCUUA